GCCAUUUUCACACAAAACGGGGGAAAAUUUCCAAAAAGGAAUAACAAAUAUUUUCUAAUUCCCAUUAACAAGGACUUGCGCACAUUCACAAAAGAAAAUGUGGAUUAUAAUGGAAAUUUUAAAACACUAACCAACAAACGAAUUUGUUACAAACAAAUCCUCUUUGGUUAAGAGGAAAAAAAGUGUACGUAAUGGAAGUCAUGGUUACAAAUAAAGAAAAUGCGCAAAUUGUAUGAGUUUUCAUGAAUUUUUUUCCUUUUUAAAUUCCACAAGAAAGAAAGAAGCUGAAAUCAAAACGAAAGGAUACGAAUUCCAAUUAGAAAAUGCGUUGGCAGAACUACGUUGCUCGUCUGUGAAAACGGUUUACGGUCACAACAUACACGGUUCUUAAACGAAUAAAAAUUAAAAAUCAAACGAAUUAAGUAAUUUUUUAUUCCAAAACGAAUUAACAAGAAAAAAACCCCAUAGAAAAAAGCCAAUAAAUCAAUAGUUAAAAUAACAGAGGAAACAAAAGAAAGUGUUUUUAAAGAAAAAAAGUGAAGCUUCAAAGAAAUUUAAGAAAAAACCUCAUACAAUUGUCUUUUGAAAGUGUUGCAAAUAUUUAACAAGAAAAACAGUUUGUUUCUUUAACAAAUUUGUUAAUAAAUCAAAGGAUUUUUGCAGCUAAAGUUUAACAAUAAGUUAAACUUAUUAAACUAUAUCAAUUUCCUGCUUAAAGGUUCAUAAAUUUUUUCCACAUAAAUUAAGGCCAAAUUUCAUUUGGCCCACUCACCGCCAACAUGUCGUCCGUUAAAGUGGCGGUUCGAGUGCGUCCCUUUAACUCAAGGGAAAUCAGUCGAGAAUCAAAAUGUAUUAUAGAAAUGUUCGAUGGCACCACCACCGCCAUAACAAAUCCGAAAGUUCCACCCAAUUCCAGUGAAGCAAUAAAACGUUUCAAUUUCGAUUAUUCCUAUUGGUCACAUAAUCCCAAAGAUCCUGACUUUUCCACACAGGCUAUGGUCUAUAAAGAUAUAGGCGAAGAAAUGUUACAGCAUUCCUUUGAUGGCUAUAAUGUGUGUAUAUUUGCUUAUGGCCAGACUGGUGCUGGUAAAUCUUAUACCAUGAUGGGUAAACAGGAAGAACAUCAAGAGGGUAUAAUACCCAUGAUCUGUAAAGAUCUAUUUAAUCGUAUACGUUCCACAGAGACGGGAGAAUUGAAAUAUUCGGUUGAGGUUUCUUAUAUGGAAAUCUAUUGUGAACGAGUACGUGAUUUGCUAAAUCCCAAAAAUAAGGGUAAUUUACGUGUACGUGAACAUCCUUUAUUGGGCCCCUAUGUAGAGGAUCUCUCCAAAUUGGCCGUUACUAGUUAUGAAGAUAUACACGAUCUCAUAGAUGAGGGUAAUAAGGCUCGUACAGUGGCCGCCACUAACAUGAACGAGACCAGUUCUCGUUCUCAUGCUGUCUUCACUAUAUUCUUUACCCAAAGACGUCAUGACACCAUGACCGAUUUGAUUACCGAAAAAGUGUCGAAAAUCAGUUUAGUCGAUUUGGCCGGUUCCGAAAGAGCCGAUUCGACUGGAGCCAAGGGUACACGUCUUAAGGAAGGUGCUAACAUCAAUAAAUCUCUAACAACAUUGGGCAAAGUUAUUUCCGCUCUAGCCGAAAUUUCUGCUUCCAAAAGUAAAAAAUCGAAAAAAGCCGAUUUUAUACCUUAUCGUGACUCGGUUUUAACCUGGUUGCUGCGCGAAAACUUAGGUGGUAAUUCUAAAACUGCUAUGAUAGCUGCUAUAUCACCUGCUGAUAUUAAUUAUGAUGAGACUUUAAGUACUUUGAGAUAUGCCGAUCGUGCUAAACAAAUUGUUUGCAAAGCUGUGGUCAAUGAAGAUGCCAAUGCUAAACUUAUACGCGAACUUAAGGAAGAAAUACAAAAAUUACGCGAUCUUUUGAAGGCCGAGGGCAUUGAAGUCCAAGAAGGGCCUGAUGGCAAAGUGGUUUGUGAAAAACGAGAUACAAAUAAAGAUGAAAUUAAAGCUGGUGGCGGUGGAGGAGGUGCUGUGGUGGGCAGUGUAGGAACGGGUGCAAAUAAUAUGAAAUCGCCCACUAAUGGUCGCAAUCGUAAUGGUUCUACCACUGAAAUGGCCGUAGAUCAAUUGCAGGCUAGCGAGAAAUUGAUAGCGGAAUUAAACGAAACGUGGGAGGAAAAACUUAAACGUACCGAAGAAAUACGCUUACAGCGAGAGGCGGUCUUUGCCGAAAUGGGCGUGGCUGUUAAAGAAGAUGGCAUAACUGUGGGUGUUUUCUCUCCAAAGAAAACUCCUCAUUUAGUUAAUUUGAAUGAAGAUCCUAAUCUAUCCGAAUGUCUACUCUACUAUAUUAAAGAUGGCAUUACACGUUUGGGUACCCAUGAGGCUAAUGUACCCCAAGAUAUACAGCUAUCCGGAUCGCAUAUUUUAAAAGAGCAUUGCACUUUUGAGAAUCGUAAUAAUGCAGUAACUCUUAUACCCCAUAAAGAUGCUUUGGUUUAUUUGAAUGGACGCAAAUUGGUGGAACCGGAAAUAUUGCGUACUGGUUCUCGUGUUAUUUUGGGCAAGAAUCAUGUAUUCCGUUUCACUAAUCCCGAGCAGGCACGUGAGAUACGUGAGAAAAUCACCGAGAAUGCCGAAAAUGAAAAUGAGAAAUGUGAUACGCAGGAAGUGGAUUGGAAUUUUGCACAGUGUGAGUUAUUGGAAAAGCAGGGUAUUGAUUUGAAGGCUGAAAUGCAAAAGCGUUUAGAUGUUUUGGAAGAACAGUAUAAAAGGGAAAAAUUGCAGGCCGAUCAAGAGUUUGAGGAACAGCGUAAAUCUUAUGAGGCUCGCAUUGAUGCUUUACAAAAACAAGUAGAAGAACAGUCUAUGACCAUGUCCAUGUAUAGCAGCUACACUCCCGAGGAUUUGCAAGAUGAGGAAGUUUAUUCCAAUCCUCCCUAUGAAUCUUGUUGGACUGCCCGUGAGGCUGGCUUGGCUGCUUGGGCUUUUCGCAAAUGGCGUUAUCAUCAAUUCACCUCUUUGCGUGAUGAUCUCUGGGGAAAUGCCAUCUUUCUCAAAGAGGCUAAUGCCAUUUCUGUGGAAUUGAAAAAGAAAGUUCAAUUUCAAUUUACUCUACUAACCGAUACACUAUACUCUCCUUUGCCGCCUGAGUUAGCCUCAGCCGUUUCUCCUUUACAAACUGAGGAUGAGUUUGGUUCACCACCGGUGUCCAAGACUUUGGUGGCAGUUGAGGUAACUGAUACCAAAAAUGGUGCCACUCAUUAUUGGUCUUUGGAGAAAUUGCGUUAUCGUUUGGAAAUGAUGCGACAAAUUUAUAAUGUGGAAUCACCACCAUCAUCAAUGCUCUAUGAUACGUCAGCUCUAAAUGAUGUACAAUUACAAAAUUCUUCUUGUAUUUCUCUGAAUCCUUCCAACACUUUCAACAUCGUCACAACUUCAACUAAUACAACUUCGUUUACAACACAUUCUAAUGCUACUACUACUACUAAUACUACUACUAGUAAUAAUACAGCUGCUAUCUUAUCCUCAGCUACUGCUAAUUUAUAUGAAAGUGGUCUUUCUAAUUUACAAGAAUUAACUAGAAAUUGUCAUUUGGGACAGAAUAUUGUUGUUGUGCCAACGAAACAAUCAACCAUUAAUGCGACAACAAAAUCCAUAUUAUCGAAAUCAAACAACAGUUCACCAUCCCGUUUGUCAUUGGCAAAUCUUAUGCCUUCUAGGUUUGCUUUCAUUUUUUCGAGACAACGUCUUGAAUUGAUGCGUGAAAUGUAUCAUAAUGAAGCUGAACUUAGUCCCACUUCACCCGAUUACAAUGUCGAGUCUCUAACUGGUGGUGAUCCCUUCUAUGAUCGUUUCCCCUGGUUCCGUAUGGUGGGUAGAUCAUUUGUUUAUCUCAGUAAUCUAUUGUAUCCCGUACCAUUGGUCCAUAAAGUGGCCAUUGUUAAUGAGAGAGGAGAUGUACGCGGUUAUUUGCGUAUAGCUGUACAACCGGUUUUGGAUGAGGAGUCUUUGGACUUUAAUAAUGGUGUUAAACAGUCGGCUCGUUUGAUUUUCAACGAAGAUGAUGCUAAACCCAAAUAUCGGUCUUUAAACGAGAAAGAUGAUGUUCAACGUUAUAUCGAUAAUGGUGGUAUGGAUUCGAAAUUAGAAGAACUUGGAGAUGCAGAUUCUGGACGUGGUAUUGAUUCUAAUUCAGCCUCUGAGUGCCAGGAAACACAAGAUGAACCCGGUGAACAUUUGCAAGUGGGUAAAGAGUUUACAUUCCGUGUUACGGUCCUACAGGCCACUGGUAUUGGAGCCGAAUAUGCCGAUAUAUUCUGUCAGUUUAACUUUUUACAUCGUCAUGAGGAGGCUUUCUCUACGGAACCGGUUAAGAAUUCUGCUGGCGAUCGUUUGGGUUUCUAUCAUGUACAAAAUAUAACUGUACCCGUUACGAAAUCUUUCAUUGAUUAUUUGAAAACUCAACCGAUUAUGUUUAAAGUGUUCGGUCAUUAUCAAACACAUCCUUUGCAUAAGGAUGCUAAACAAGAGUUUGUUUCUAGACCACCACCAAGACGCAUGUUACCACCAAGUAUACCGAUAUCGCAACCAGUACGUAGUCCCAAAUUUGGUCCACUACCUUGUCCUCCAUCCUCUACGGUAUUGGCGAAACAUGAUGUUUUGGUAUGGUUUGAAAUAUGUGAACUAGCACCCAAUGGUGAAUAUGUGCCAGCGGUUGUUGAACAUAGCGAUGAUCUUCCUUGCCGUGGUCUAUUCCUUUUGCAUCAAGGCAUUCAAAGACGUAUACGCAUAACCAUUGUUCAUGAGCCUACACCUGAGGUUAAGUGGAAAGAUAUUCGUGAAUUGGUGGUGGGACGUAUACGUAAUACUCCCGAGUCAUCGGAAGAUGAUGAAGACUCUUGUGUUUUGUCUUUGGGUCUAUUUCCCGGUGAGGUUUUAGAAGUACCCGGUGAUGAUCGUUCAUUCUUUAGAUUUGAGGCUGCCUGGGAUUCUAGUCUUCAUAAUUCGGCUCUUUUGAAUCGUGUUUCUCAGGGUGGUGAAACUGUUUACAUUACUUUGAGCGCCUAUUUGGAGUUGGAGAACUGUGCUCGUCCUGCUAUCAUAACCAAAGAUUUAAGCAUGAUUAUUUAUGGUCGCGAUGCUCGUACUGGUCCACGCUCUUUGAAACAUCUCUUCUCUGGUCAAUAUCGUAAUCCAGAGGCAAAUCGUUUGUCUGGAGUUUAUGAAUUAUCUUUGAGAAGAGCAUCAGAUGCAGGUAGUCCAGGUGUCCAACGUCGUCAGCGACGUGUACUCGAUACCAGCUCAACUUAUGUACGCGGUGAGGAAAAUCUUCAUGGCUGGCGUCCACGUGGCGAUUCUCUAAUCUUUGAUCAUCAAUGGGAAUUAGAGAAAUUGACACGUCUCGAAGAAGUGGGACGUGUACGUCAUUUAUUGUUAUUACGCGAACGUUUGGGUAUGGAUACAAAUCCAAAUCCUACAACAAAAACCGAAAAAGAUGUUUGUAAUUUGGCAGCCAAAGCGGCUACAUCACCAGUACACAUGGUUAUACCACCAUCACCACAGACACCCGUUAAGGAUCCACAACAAAUAAUGCCCGAACGUGAAUAUAAUGAACGUGAAAAGGAACUAAUGAUGAAAUGUUUGAAAUUGGUGCAGGGACGUUAUCAAAAAUCUGAAAAUUCCGAUAACCAAACUCAAUCGGAUGUUUCACCCAGUGAUGAGGGCUGUGCUGAUAUGACAGUCAGUUGCAUAUCCAGCAAUUCCAUGGAAAGAAGGCUAUGCUCUCCUGAUCGUGCUGACGCUCCCAAUGGCUGGGAAGCUCCUGCUCCCGCCACACAACCAGCUCUCCCUCUUCGUUUGUAUGUACCCGAAUUGGAAGAAAUUCGUGUUAGUCCUGUGGUGGCACGCAAGGGUCUUUUGAACGUUUUGGAACAUGGCGGCUCGGGCUGGAAGAAACGUUGGGUGAUUGUACGUCGUCCUUAUGUUUUCAUUUACAAAUCCGAAAAGGAUCCUGUAGAACGAGCUGUCUUAAAUUUGGGUACAGCUCAAGUUGAAUGCAGUGAAGAUCAAGCAGCUAUGGUUAAAAUACCAAAUACAUUUAGCGUGGUCACCAAACAUCGUGGUUAUCUGUUACAAACCUUAGGCGACAAGGAAGUACACGAUUGGUUAUAUGCCAUUAAUCCAUUAUUAGCUGGACAAAUAAGAUCUCGUUUAGCUAGACGCACACAAGAGUCGGCUUCACAAACAGCCUCUCAAAUACAAGCAACAACCGCUACAAAUACAGGUGCGAAUAAUAAAUGAGAUACAAUAACGAUGGAAUCCGUUUUAGUAUAUUAAUAAAUAUUAUUAUUGAAAUAAGGCAAAAUGAAAUUUAAAGAUUUGAAAUUGAAUAUUAACAAAAAACAAAGUUUAAACCGAUUAUAAUAAUUAAAAAAAAACAAAAGCAGAUUU